GAUAUAUAAAUGCUGGCAUAUGUUUUUCUUGCCCGAUCUACUUUAAAAAUUCAGCUAAUCGCUAGCCAGAUUAGUCGGAUCUUAUCGCAUGUUGCUUUGAAUAACAUUAGAGUGUCGACCAGUUGGAAGUGCAUUGGCGGAUUGAAGUGUUCCAUUUUUUGGUUAGUCUGCAACUGAUAGCGCUGCCAGCAUGAGUAGUUCUCCUAAUCCCAUACGCGCCUUAUCGCCUGCUUUGCACAGAGUGGCCAUCGAGGAGCUGAAUGAGGUGCCCAGUCGAGUUGAGUCCGACAUAGCAACUCUCAAAGAAUGGCUGCAGAGGCAACCUCACAUCUGUGCCUGCCUCGAGGAUCAGUUCCUGCUCAGCUUUCUACGUGGAUCCAAAUUUAGUCUGGAGAAGGCCAAGCAGAAGAUAGAUCGAUUCUAUAGCUUACAAGCUGCCAUACCUGAGGUUUUCAAUGAACAGCGAUUGGCUGACGAUGCUCAAGUGCUGGAGAUUAUUAGAAUGGGAGUUAUCUUGCGCAUUCCCCUGGACAAAGAGGAUGCUGGACCGGCGGUGACCAUUAUUCGAGCUGGCUCCUAUGACAUCAACAAAUUCAAGUUCCAGGACAUUAUACGCGUGGGUUCCAUGUUCGGUGAGAUCAUGAUGCUGGAGGAUGACAAUGCCUCGGUUAGUGGCUACCUGGAGAUCAUGGACAUGAGUGGAGUGACGGGUGCGAAUCUGUUUGCCCUCCAGCCCCAACUUCUCAGCAAGUUCUCAGCCUAUGCGGAUGAGGCAAUGCCAACGAGGCAGAAGGGUAUCCAUUUCAUUAAUGUGCCCAAGGCAAUUGAGAUGGGUUUCAAAUCCCUGCUUGGAUGGUUUCCCGUUAAAAUUAAAGAGAGGAUCUCUGUUAGUUCCGAUACGGAGGCCAUUUUUGAUCGUGUUCCCAAACAUUAUCUACCAGUGGAAUAUGGAGGCACCAAGGGAACCAUUAAGGAUAUUACUACCGAGAUGGAAGUAAAACUUUCUAACUACAGCAGCUAUUUUGAGGACUGCCAACAUUUCGGAACUAAUGACAAAUUGCGCGAGGAACCCAGAAAUCUAAGCCCGGAAGAGAGUGACUUUGGUCUAGAUGGCUCUUUUCGCCAGUUGAGGAACCCAACAAAGAUGCCGUCCAUCCGUCCACUGAGCCCUGAGCUGCAGAAAAUUGCCAUCGAGAAGCUGAACGAGGUCCCGAACAAACUUGAUGAUGAUAUUGCUGCGCUGAGGGAAUGGAUCAAGCAGCAGCCUCAUCUAACCCGCACAGAUGAUCAGUUCUUGGUGAACUUCCUGCGAGGCUGCAAAUUCAGUUUGGAACGAACGAAGGUAAAAAUCGAUCGAUUUUACACGCUACGCACCAAGUUUCCCGAGUUCUAUUUGGGUCAUAAUGUUGAUGUUGACAAAAUGCUGGAUAUUUUUAAGCUAGGCACAAUACUCAUGCUGCCACGUCCUCUGAACGAUAAUGGACCACGUUUGGCUAUAAUUCGCAUGGCCUCGUAUGACCCCAGUAAAUACACCUUUCAGGAAAUAAAUCGAGCUGCUGGAUUAAUACAGCAGAUCACUCUCGAUGAAGAUGAUGUGGCUAUAGUGAAUGGCUUGAUAUCCAUUCUGGACCUGUCCAACGUCACCAGUGGUCACUAUCUGCAGAUGACACCGUCGUUUGCCAAGAAGAUGACCGUGUUCCAGGAGGAGGCUCUGCCACUGCGACCACAAGGCAUUCAUUUCAUCAAUACACCCAAUGGCUUUGAGACGCUCUUCAAUAUGAUAAAGCCCAUGAUGUCAAAGAAACAGCAAGGACGACUCUACGUCCAUGGAAGCAAAUGGGAAUCUCUCUACGAUCAAAUACCCAAAAAGUACUUGCCUGCUGAAUAUGGUGGCGAAAACGGUUCAAUUCCUGAGCUUAUAAAAGAUUGGGAGCAGCGCAUAUUGGCCUAUAGGAAUUACUGGGAGGAGGAGAAGAACUAUGGAACCGACGAACGCCUGCGAGUGGGAAAACCUGUGGACUUUGAGAGUCUAUUCGGAUUGCAAGGCUCCUUCCGGCAACUCAAUGUUGACUAAGGGUCUUUGCCCCGACUGCAAAAUAACUAAAAAUAGUUUCAGUUAUAGCUCUUAUCUUAGGUUACAAAGGUGUAGGAACUCAAGUACAAAAAAAAAAUUAAAACUUUCGUUCUUUUAGUAAAUUAAAAAUAAAUCCCAAAAACAUCAAGUGCCAAAAUGAAAUAUCAAAUACAACGAAAGACCACCUGUAUCAGCUGAUUAAAAGAGCUGUUCAUAGAGAGGCGGCAUAAUCAAAA